UUCGCAAUUUGUUUUAUAUUUCAUUUAGGGAUAUUUUUUUGGGUGUCUUCAAUGAAGAAAGAGAUGGGGUUUUUCUGUGUGUUCAUUCCUCAUAUCAUCACCUCCUUUUAGAGAGAGAAACAAACUGUAGAGAGAGAGAGAGAGAGAGAGAGAGAGGGGUUUGUGUGAAGGAGCUUGUCCGAUCUUUCGUUUUCGCGUUGAAUUUCUAAGACAGCUUUUCUUCCUUUCUUUUAUGGUUUCAGACAUUCAAAUACCCAACUCAUAUUACAGAACAAAAAAAAAUUCAUUUCCAAAAGAUAGAGAGAGAAAGUAGAGAUCAUCAUAUCCAAUAAAACCCAGAUUAUAAAGAUUCAAUCUUUGGGUUUUAAUUUUCGAUUUUCUGAUUUUUGAGUUGAAGGGUCUUCUUAUUUUUGUUAUUAAUUUCAUAAAAUUCAGAUUUUUUCUGCAAAUUAUUUUUUUGUAAUCAAGAUUGUAAAUAAGGGGAAAAUUUGUAUAUCUGUAUUUUAGAUUUUCUGCAGAUUAAUUUAUUGGAAUUAGGAAUUCAAUAUGAGAGCAGGGUUGAGCACUAUCCAGCAAACCCUCACACCGGAUGCGGCCACCGUCCUCAACCACUCCAUAUCGGAGGCCGGCCGCCGCAACCACGGCCAGACAACGCCGCUCCACGUGGCGGCGACGCUGCUCUCCUCGCCGUCCGGGUUCUUGAGGCAGGCGUGCAUCCGCUCCCACCCAAACUCCAGCCACCCACUCCAGUGCCGGGCCCUCGAGCUCUGCUUCAGCGUCGCCCUCGAGCGCCUCCCCACGGCGGCGGCCGCCGCCCAGACCCAGAACGCCGCCGCCGCCGAGCCGCCGGAGCCGCCGAUCUCAAACGCACUCAUGGCGGCGCUGAAGCGUGCCCAGGCACACCAGCGGCGCGGCUGCCCGGAGCAGCAGCAGCAGCCCCUCCUCGCGGUGAAAGUCGAGCUCGAGCAGCUCGUUAUAUCGAUACUCGACGACCCCAGCGUCAGCCGCGUUAUGCGGGAGGCCAAAUUCUCCAGCCCCGCCGUGAAAGCCGCCAUCGAACAAUCGUUGAUUGCUCCCGCCGCACAACCCCACCACCACCACCACCAAAUUCCGACCCGAAACGUGAGUUUCGGGUCGAGUUUCGCCCCGAGAUUACUUCCCAAUACCAGUCAAUUGACAACCCCAUCUCCGGUCGCCGCCCAAUUGACCAAUCGGAAUUUAUAUCUAAAUCCACGAUUGCAGCCGCAAGGGGCAACAACUACAACAACAACAACAACCGGUCCGAUCAUACUGAAUCAAAGAACAGAAGAAGUAAAGAAGGUGUUUGAAAUAAUGUCCAGAAGCAAAAAACGAAACCCGGUUCUGGUGGGCGAUUCCGAGCCCGAAUCCGUAGUGAAGGAGUUCUUGAAAAAAAUCGAAACCAAGGAAUUAGAAACCGACCAGAAUUUCAAGAAUAUUCAGGUUGUAUCAAUGGAGAAAGGCCUUUUCUUAUCCGAUAAAAGUCGGAUAUUAUCAAAGAUCGAGGAAUUGGGAAAGGAGAUCGAGAGCAAAAUUAGCAGUGGUGGGGUGGUUCUUGAUUUGGGUGAUUUGAAGUGGCUGGUGGAGCAGCAGCAGAAGCAGCCGGUUGUUUCCGAGAUCGGGCGGGCGGCAGUGGCGGAGAUGACCAAGCUGGUGGCCAGAUUCAGCGGCGGUGCUAACGAAGGUGGCGGCGGUGGCGGCAAAAACAGGCUUUGGUUGAUCGGAACCGCCACUUGCGAAACUUAUUUGAGGUGCCAAGUUUAUCAUUCCACCAUGGAAAUCGAUUGGGAUUUGCAGGCGGUACCCAUCGCUUCUAGAUCGCCUCUUCCCGGAAUGUUUCCCAGGUUGGGAGCCGAUCGAAUUUUGAGCAAUCAAAUGGAAUCUUUAAAUCCAAUGAAGGCUGCACCAAGUCCACCAAUGCCUGGUUUAACAAGGCGUAUAUCCGAAAAUUUGGAUCCAUCGUCUCAAAAACCGACCGUUUGCCCAAAGUGUAUGGAGAAUUACGAGAAAGAAGCGGCGAGACUCUCCGCCAUUCAAAAAUCGUUUUCCGAAGCUAAACAAGACGCGCCUAAUAAACCAUCUCUGCCUCAGUGGCUACAAAAUGCCAAACUCAACACUACCGAUUCUACGAAAACUACAGACGAAGCAACACAGGGACUGCUUUCCAAGCAGAAAACUCAAGAACUGCAGAAAAAAUGGCGAGACACGUGCUUGCAUCUUCAUCCUAAUUUCCAUCAAACGAAUCGCCCCGAUCGAGCGGGCCCACCUUCUUUAUCGAUGACGAGUUUGUACAAUCCGAACUUGAACUUGCUCUCACGCCCGCCUUUCCAGCCUAAGUUGCAGACGAUCAAACCAAUCGGAGAAGCUCUUCAAUUGAACACUAGUCAACUCGUUAGGACAGAUCUUGUUCUUGGAAGGGAAGAAGAACGAGACAACGCCAUCGUGUCUGAAAAACCCGCGAAAGAGAAUAAUCAAGAUCAGGCUAAAGACUUGCUGAGCUGCAUCUCGUCUGAGCCGCUGGCGAAUAAGUUCCUCGAGAAAUUCUCGAACGCGUUGGACGCGGAUAUGUACAAGAAACUCCUCAAGGGCCUCAUGGAGAGGGCGUGGUGGCAGGCCGAAGCCGCCUCCGCGGUGGCUGCCGCCAUCACGCGGUGCAGAUUGGGCAACGGGAAAAAACGUGGGGGCGGGUCGAGGGGUGAUGUGUGGUUGCUUUUCACGGGACCCGAUAGGGUAGGCAAGAAGAAGAUGGCCUCGGUUUUAGCGGAGCAAAUAUGUGGGGGCCGCCCCGUGACGAUAUGCCUCGGUAGAAAAAAACGGGACGAUGAAGAAUUGGAUAUGAGUUUUCGAGGUAAAACGGCCGUUGAUAGAAUUGCGGAGGCGGUUCGGAGAAACCCGUUUUUAGUGAUCGUGCUUGAAGAUAUUGACGAGGCGGACGCGCUUGUGCGCGGUAGCAUAAGGCGGGCGAUCGAGCGUGGGAGGAUUACCGAUUCGCACGGGCGUGAGGUGGGUUUAGGGAAUGCGGUGUUCGUCGUCACGGGGGAUUGGUCCACCGUUGAUCCGGAAGCUUCUAGAAGCGAUCGGUUCUUGGACGAGGAUAAGCUCGCGUCUGUCGCGGGCGGGAGUUGGCAAUUGGGACUUAUAGUGAGAGAAAAAACGGCGGCGAAACGGAGGGCAAAUUGGUUGUUGGCGGAAGAAAAUGGGCCCGCGAGGCGGGCGAGGAAGGAAGCGGGGCCCGGUUUGUCGUUGGAUCUCAAUCUUUCGGCCGAUGGAUCGUCGGUGAAUUCGAGCGAUCUCACCAAUGAUUACGAGGAUGACGAGAUGGAUUUUGCGGUUGACCGGAACUUCUCGAUUACGUCGGUGCCGCACGAGCUGGCGAGCAAUGUGGACGAGUCGAUAGUGUUCAAGCCGGUGGACUCGGGGUUUGUUCGGAGGGAGAUCAAGAAAACUAUAUCGGUGAAAUUCUCGAUGGUCGUGGACGAGGAUUUGCCGAUUGAGGUUGGGGAUGAUGUGGUGAAGAAGAUUUUGGGAGGUUUGUGGCACGACCGGACGAGUCUCGAGGAAUGGAUGGAGAAUGUUGUGGGGCCCGCUUUCGAUCAAUUGAAGAAGCGGUUACCUUUAUGCGGCGAUCGGAGCAAAUCGGUGGUUCGGUUGGUGGUGGAGUCGGAUUCGAGUGACCGGGGGAAGAGCACGGGUGGUGAAGAUUGGUUGCCUAGUAGUAUAUUGGUGUAAAGACUAAAGAGUUUGUUGCUAAGGGGUGAAAAUGAUAUUUUUUUGUUUUUGUGGGGGUGUUUGUGUAAAUAUUAUAGCAAAAGGGGGGUUUGGGAAAUUUAAAGAGAUAGAUGAAAGGAGGACAAUCGUUGAGAGUGAGUGAGAUGUUGACAGGUUAACGAAUCUUCAACAGCAUUCAAUCACUUGUUCUUUUUUUUUUUUUUUUCUUUAAAUUGUAUAAUUUUGAUAUUUAUUACUAGUUUAUUUAUUUAUUUUAUGGUAUUAAUAAUGUGUUGGUAUCAAUUGUUGUUAGUACAGGGGAAUAAAUGUGAUGAAUAAAAUUGAGGGCAUGGGUUUAAUUUA